AUGACACAGCCGUUUACGAGUGUAAUGUACAGGUGGUUUUGGUUUGAUAGCGUCGGCAGACAACCCAAACUUCGGCCUUGCCAUUAUAAACGUUUUUCAACCACCCAAACAUGGAUAGCGCCCGGAGGUAAAAUUCGCUGAAUUUUCCAAAUCCCAAAGCAAUGUGGACUGUUAUUUUCGAAGUCCAUGCACUUGAAAGAUUAAAGCCUAAAGGCUAUUUUCCGCUUAUAAAAUUCUGUGAAUUAACUGAAUGACUUGGCUGUUGUGUUAUUCUAUAGGUAACAAAGAUUGCCGUCCUAUUUUAUUCAUAUUGGAUGAAUUUGAUUUGUUUAUUUUUCACAAGAAUCAAACAUUAUUGUACAACUUGUUUGAUAUAUCUCAGUCAGCUCAGAAUCCUGUUCUCGUCAUUGGUCUUACAUGUCGCUUAGUAAGUACAUGAUUUAAUUUGUAGUUUGAGAAACUGUUUGUUUUUAAAACAUGGUUCAAUUAUUCCUGUUACCUUACCCUCCCCGGACAACCCCGGGGAUUUUCGGCAAUUCCCCACCCCGGGGACAAUAUUCACAAACCAUUACUGCACACAAACACGUUGUAAAUCGAAACUUGUACAAAUGUCAACCUUCGAAUUUACUUACAGGACGCAUUUUUCUUGCCACUGGCAACGCAAUCUCUGAUCUACAGGCAUAUAUUAUCAACAUUAUCAAAUACAUAAGAACGAAAUCAGUGAAGUGCAAGUGGAUCUUUAUUAAUAAUCGUGGGUUUGGGGGGGAAACAUCUUGCGGCGGGUUCGCUGGCUAGACCCAAAGCCUCUCGCGUGUGAAUAUUUAUAUUCCCCACCCCGCACGGGCCACCCCCGGGACCAGACGCUCAAUAAAAUUUCCCAUGAAUUGAUGAAACAUUACAAAAAUACCAUACUAAUAAUGAAUACACAUUACACAGCUACAGUACACUAGCACGAUUCAUUAUUAUUAAAAAAAGACGAAACAAGACACUCUGGAUGUACUACUAUAUAGAUUAUUCUGGAGUACAGUAGGCGUGUAGCGACAUUAGAGAGGCCGGUUAAGAUUGACGUAUACAGCAGACCGCUAACAGCAGACAGCAAACUUCAAAUCGCAUUUGAAGGUAAGUUUUACAAGUUUUCGAAGGUUUCGACAAGUUUUCAGCUAAUUCAUGCUUUAAUUUUAGCGCAGAAAUUGUCCUAACUUCGAACAGUUGACAUUUGGGUCUGCCGUAACCAUCAAUCUGCCAUAAUGGUCUGCCGUAAACGUCAAUCUUAACCUCUGUAUUAUAUUUUAUACACUUACUUGAGAUUCACAUCAUGCUGCUCCGAGUGUGUCCACACUGAGAAAGCUGAAAAGUUAGAGAUCGAAGGAACUAUAUAUUGAGUUUCGAAAUGUCUCCGACUCGAACCGACUUGAUCUCGUGUACUGUAGCUCAAUUGGUACAACAUUGCACUAGCAAACCAAAGGUCGCGGGUUCGAUUCCCACAGCUGUUACGCGAACUUUUCAGCUUGCCCGCUGUGGACACACUCAGAGUAGCAUAAUCCCAAAUAUAAUUUCACCUGCAUGAGUACAUUAGCUUCCCCCGCAGGCGUUUCACCCGGGGAACCAUUCACGGGCUAAAACCCAUAAAGAUUCCUGCGUACAUACUGCAUGGUUAGUAAUUUAAUAUUUUAGUUUUACGCUUAAUUGUCCCAAGAUGAGGUUCAGGAAAUGCCAAAUUUGUAUCUUUAUUUCAUAUGUUGUGCAUGCAUGUUAUCACCCGUAUUAUAUAAUACCUUAUUAAAUUCUAAUAAUUUAAUUGGCUGUUUAUGGUCACGUGAUAUUGAAUAGAAAAUUCCAUUUCCCAAGAGUGCAAUGGAACACGUUCCAUUGCACUCUCCGCGAGUGCAAUGGAAUAAAACGUAUAGUACAAUUGCACUCUUUGUGUUUUCGAUAAAUCGCAUCCCCCAAAAUGCUUCUCAUACGAAUCUAUUAGUCUAUUUUGCUUUUAUAUAAAACAAAUAAUGAAUGUUUCUUCGUGCAAUGGUAAGAAUAUUUUCAUUCGGUGAAAGAUGGAAUGUUCCAUUCAACUCGGCUGUCGCCUCGUUGAAUGGAACAUUCCAUCUUUCACCUCAUGAAAAUAUUCUUACCAUUGCACUCAUAAACAUUCAUUAUUUGUAUACUAUUUCAUGGAAAAGAUUCCCUUAGCAUAUGAACUUGACGGUAUGAUUGUAAUUUUUAUAGGAUGUUGUUGAACAUCUCGAAAAGAGAGUGAAAUCAAGAUUUUCUCAUCGACAAAUUCAUUUUUUCAAUGAUUUCAUGUUUGGGGAUUAUAUUGAUAUAUUUAGGUAAUUUUUCUUAUUGAUUUUUCUUAUUACAUCACUAUUAAUUUCAGCACUAGCCUAUAAAACAUGCAUAUGCAAGCUUGAAGUCGAAUGUUUAUAAGUUAGACGUAAUUUAAUUUAAUAAAAUAAUUUAUGUAAUUAGAAGAAAGAGUCAAAAAUUAUCUUCAUUUUCACGUUGCUAUGUCUGUUGUUUUCGUGUAGGUCAAUCGUUGCUGUUCCACCAAGAUUCUCGAACAAAAUUACAGCAAAAGCCUGGAAUAAAACCGUGAAGGUGUUGUAUAAAUUUUAUUUCUGUAAUAUUGUCCGUAUCUUUGGGCUGUUUACAUGAUCCAGCGUUAUCUAGACGGGAUGGUAGGCGGGAUGAUUUUGACGUAUUGAAAUAAGCGAUGAAUGGAACUGAACUUCAACAAGAUUAUGAUGAUUAACUAUCGCAUCCCGGGGAGUAGAAGGGGUGCACAUCAGAAAGUUAUCCCAUUCCAGUUUGAGAAAUCUGCCCUCCCCCCGACAUUUAGAUGCUCAUUGGAUUAACUGACAGUACUGUGAGUGAAACAGGGAUUUUGAACUAAAUAAGUCCAAAAAUCUCAAAUUUCCUCGGGCUUCAAUCCCCUUAUCCCCAACCAUGGCUUUCAUUAUAGGAAUAUAGCUACUAUAUUAGUCUAAAUUAGAGUAACAUUCCUUGUGUUUUCCAGACUUUGUGUGAAGACAGUCAUUUCCGAGACAUUUUGUAUGAAAACUACAGUUACAAUAAGAGUAUUCGUGGAUUGCAUGCUCUCAUGGUAUGGAGUAUGGUGCAUGCCUUGUACUGUAUGGAUAUCAUUACUUAUUCUAAAUAUGCAUGAACAUCUGGCCCGAUAGGAAAGAAUGUUAAAGGUUUUUGUACCGGUUCUUCCGGUACUUUUGUUAGCACCGAAAAAUUAUACGCAAAAGAACUGGUAGUUUCGGUUUUAAUUUCCCCUUUAACGCCCGCCAAACGCCCAACUGAUUGCAGGUUGAAAUGUUUGGAAAAUAACACUAGAUUGUGCUCUUUGCAUGUGCACAAUAUGCACUGUACAAAGUGCUCAAAUAGUUGAUAUUUUAGUUGUGAUAGUUAUUGUUGUGCUCUUGCUUUAAUUUUUUUAAAAAAGAAAUAUUUUAUGUUCAUAAAUAAAUUCCAUUUCUAUUGUUCUUUUAAAAUAUUUAGAGAUUUACGGUAUACAAACUUACAAAGGCAUAAAUUCAUCUAUUUAGUAAAAAUGCUCGAAACACACAUAAAUGAGUUCAUACAUAUAUGUACUGUUGUUCUUUUUUGAAAAUAACCGAAACCGAACCGAACCGAGGUUUUUCUGUUCCAAAAAAACCGGAACCGAGAUAAAAUUUUUGGAACCGCACAGCUCUAAUGGAAAUGUCGAGCGAAGACUAUUCAUAUUUUACACCUAGCCAGAAGGAGUUGCGAAAAAUGAAAUUAUAAACCCUCCUACAGGAGUCGAACAUGCAUGAUGAUUGAGUUAUAAGUAGUUUCUACUUCAAUUUCUAUCUCCAAUAACCUAUCUCAUACUAUUAAAAUUACUUAGGGGCCGAUUAUAUGGAGGUUUUCAGCCCGGCAAACCGGGAUGAAAUUUCAGCCCGGGGCCCCUAUAAAUUCAAUAUAAAAUGAAUUUUACGACUAAAACUCAGCCCGGGUUCAAAUUGCCCAUGUAAUCGUGAUGCCAUUUCGAUUUCAGCUCGGUUAACCGGGCUGAAAUUCAUCCCGGGCUGAAUACUUUCCAUGUAAUCGGGCCCUUACUCCAUUCUGUCGAGCCCAAGCUUAAUUAUAUAUACUUUGAAUAUCUGACUUAUCCUAUCAAUUUGUAUGAUCAUUUGUAGACAAUGCCUGUCUCACUGCUCUCGCGAGAUUAUCCUUUUUUGUUGACUGACGAUUUUGAAGAAGCAAAGAAUGAUUUGAUAAUAGAUCAUAAGUCUGUAAUGUUACAUGGUAGGUCUUAAGUACAUAUAGUUGUGGCUGUCUCAAAUAUACAGCAUGUCAAGAUGAUCGAUGUGAUAAAAACACUGAAGGAAAAUAGUGACAUCUACAGUAUACUAUGAAAAUCAUAUUUGCAUCACCAGGUCCACUGCAUGUAUUUCCAUAUACUGUAUCCUUAUAGUGUGGAAAUGUCAAUUACAGUCAUACAAUUUCCAUGCAAUUUCCAUAGUAAGGAUUUAAAAUGACUGCAUGUAACUUAAUCAGCUAUACAAUAACGUGUCCGUAGUGCGACUGAGUUGAGUAUGGUUUGUUAGAUUUUCCCGACAGAAGUGAUAAUGGCAGUAGUAGAGUGAAAUCACACCGCGUAUAUUCAGCGCAGUUGAACAUAUUUAGAUAAGAGAUCAUGUUUCGGAGUUAUUUGUGUGUAAACUAUUUGCUAUUUUUUUUAUGAAUUUUAGGAUUAUCAGUUCUUGAGCUUUGCCUGCUAAUUACGAUGAAAUAUCUUGUUGAAACGUUUGAUGAUCGUGCAUUCAAUUUUCAGAUGGUGUUUAAUGGUAGUGUUGGCCAAAUUCUUGUAUGGAUUGUCCUACAAUCAUAGUUCUAUAUUUCUUGAAUAAUAAACCGACAAUGUUGUUAGGUAAUCAAAACCAUGUCAUGUUCUUAAACUAUUUUUAGAAUAUCAGAAGUUUGUCAGGACAAGAGGUCAUUCGUUACAAUGUUUUGAUAAAACAGUCGUAUUAAAGGUAAUUUAUAGCAUUUCUUGUUGUAUUUGGCAGUAUUUACGAACAUUCGUAGAAAUUAAUAUCCACUCACCUCAACCAUCAUGUUGGUGUAUGGUUUUCCUAGAACACUGCCUUAGUUCCCUUGGUGAUGUACCCCACCCGGUUGACUGUUGUACUGUACCACACUCCAUGAGAAGCGUUUGCUCACCACCCCCUCCCCUUACCCACCUCUACCAGACCAAACUGGAUCCAUCCCUGUAAAGAUGAGGAAAUUGCACUAUAUCUCUGACUCUAAUACUGUGCUUUUCCAAAACAUUUUCCAGGCAUUUGAACAUUUAUUGGCGUUGGAACUUGUAAAAAGCAUUGAUGGAGGUGCCGCAAAUACACCAAAAGAGUAUCGACCGUUGAGUCUAUUAGUUGAACCAUAUCAGAUUACUGAAGUUGUACGAACAUAUCCUGAGUGUCCAACAGAGUUAACACAAUGGGCAACAACUACAGUGAGCUAAACAGAUUUAAGUUAAAAAGGGUGUUCCCGAAUAACCACAAUUGCCCCGAUCGGUCCUCCUUGUCGGACCUUGCUUUUCAACAAUAGACAGCAGACAAGGGGAGUAAAGUAAACAACUGGCUGCAGAAAUAAUGAACCAGACUGUGCGUUAGGCAAACAAUAUGCAAAUUUGAAUUGUAAAUUUCCCACAUGGACCUCAGUAAGCUUUCGUUUGAUUGUUAUCCAUAGUCGAAGUAUUCGUAAGUUAUGCAUGAGCAUUCAUCAAAUUACUGUGGGUUUGGGGUCGGGAUACUAAAGUGUAUGGAUGAUGUAGUUAAUAGAACACAGGCUAAAGGAGGGAUGGAGUAGCCUGCCUCACGGACGUAUGGCUCCAACCCUCGCUAACAUAAGAACGUCUGCGAGGCAGAUUAGGGAUGGAGGGAUGGAGGGGAGAAAGUAAAAAGGGAAAGUAUAUAAUACAUUUUUGAAUAUAUGCUGAAUCGUAUCAGGAAAUCGGUAUAUAUUGAUGCCGACUGUCCCUGGUGACAAACGUGUUGGCGCAGAAAGUAAAUAAUUUUUUGCUUUAUGUUUUAAAUUAUUUCAUUACAAUAUAAUUUACUCACAAAUUGCCGGCGAAAUUAAUUUAGCUUUUACGAAAUCGGACAGAAUUCUAAGUUGUAACUCUAAAAAUGAUCAAUUCAUACGCAUACGCUCACUGGCUCAGUACACAUCUGAUUGGUUAAUCAGACUUAUUUGACGCAACUGAUUAGUUAAUGGUAGUGGAUGCAGGGGCGCAAGAACCGGGGGGGGGGGAAGUUUUCAGAAGGCACAAAAAGUGCCCUUUUGCCUUCGUGAAAAAUGUUGUUCAGAUUGCAUUUUUGACUCAUGGAUGUUGCAAAGCAACAUCUGCGAGUCUUCGUGGUUACUUGAGUGUGGGGCAGUUAAACAACGAGAAAUUACCAGCCUGCUUGGCCCAAAAGUGCCCCUCGAAACCGGUGCCCCAACUUUUUAUGUUUCCUACGCCCCUGAGUGGAUGUCAAAUCGGAUGUUGCCAAGGUUCAAUCUCGUUUUGGUAGCAGGAUUAGAAAAUAAUGCCUUGUUUUAUCAAGGUGCAUUAGUUAUGAUGUAAUUAUCUGUUGUCAUUGGCGUUCAAAUGGAGUCUUCUUGAACAUAUUAAUAACGCAAUGUAUUGCGCUGCAUACAUGUAAAUUGAAUAUUUAUUUCAUCAUAAUUUUACAUUAUUGCAAUCAUCGAUGUUUUGCUAAUUUUAGAAGUGGAGGGAACGCUCUUAAAAAUCAAAUGGGCAUGGUCACUCGAUUGGGCGUGGCCAAUGGUCAUGAAAUUAAACAAGCGCGGGUGCGGGUUUAGUCUAAUAGACAUGCUUGUCAAAAUAUGUCACAUUAUAUUCUAUAGUAAACAAACGAUAUAAUAAUAUAUUUGAUCAUUAUUUAAGACUCUUAAUUUGACUCUCGUAUUUUUAUGCUAGUCUGCUAAAAUUACCUUCAGAAGUAUUUCCACGUAAGAUGCUGUCCAUGCAAUUAUUGCCCAAAAUAACACGUGUGUAGAACAAGUGAUUAAUAGCGAAAAUUAUUUGGACGGUGUCGAACAGCGUUCACUGAACUUCAUUCAUAUUUAACCCCUGCCAAGGGGAACGGCGUUCCCCCAUGUUUGAUUUUGGCAGGGGGGACGCCGUUCCCCUGCUAAAAGAUGUGGGGGGACGGCGUUCCCCCUGGAAAACAUCACUGAUUGCAAUCCAAUCCACAGGCGAUUCUGGAUGUCGACACGUCGUGUAUGCAAAUUUUAAUUUGUGAAAAGAUCAAAUGAAGUAUAACUAAGAAAGAUUCCAAAAACCGCUGAUGUAAGUGGCUCAAUUUUCCAGAAGACCAAUCAUCGUUUGUUAGAUUGAUUUGGCGGUAAAGUCAACCAAUAAGACUUCCUGUCAAAAAUCGCGGGAACAUGGUGAAUAUAUUUUAUUUCAGGGAGAGGGGUACACUCAUAGGGUACACUCUGUUGUCACUUUACUCCUUGUCUGUGUAUGGCAGACGGGAUAUUAAAUUUGUAAAUUUGGAAGCCAUGUAGAAAACCAAGAAGCUCAAAGUUCCCAGGAUGGACAUUAAUGACUAUGAAAGAAUUGAGAAAGUUGGCGAGGGGACAUACGGGGUGGUAUACAAAGCAAGAAAUAAGGAAAAUAAUGAAAUGGUUGCCCUGAAGAAAAUAAGACUUGACACGUAUGUAUAACUUAUUUAGCACGCCCUUUGUAUUUGUAUGUUCAUAAUGGAAGUUAGGAAGACUUUGUUUUUAUAUUGGGCGUUAUAUAAAAGCCGCGACAAUCGACUAUAUAGCGUUCGACCACAUAAAUAGAACUAAGCGAGUGAGUGGCAGUGUGGCACAAUUGUCCUGUUAAUAUUGUUCGCUGUAUGUACAUUUUGUGGAUACAAAACGUUCGUAUUUCUUUAAAUUUUGUAGUUGUUUCUUAUAUCAUUUUAUAUAUGGUUAUGGUUAUAGUAUUCGUUUUUGUUUCUCUUUAACCCAUGAUGAGAAUGCAAGAAGCCAAGAAAGUAUACUAUGUUCGGCUUUAUAAUUCAUGUUUCAGUUAAUUUUAACAUUGUCCAUAAUUUCCCUGGGACAUUUGAACUCUAUUUUUCCUUUAUUUUAAUGUACAAUUCCCCAGGGUUGGGCAGUGUGACAAUGCCGGAAUGCCCUUCCCACAUAACUGCCCAGCCCGGGGACCAAGACACAUUUAAUUCAUCGGAUUGUUAAAAAUGAGGAAACAGCAAAAUGUUCAAGAAUCUUAGAUUGUUCUUGUAGGCUAUUAACUCAUUGAGCCCAACUCUCCUCUUGACGAGUAAAAUCAUCUGGCGUUAGAUGGUAAAGUAAUAAAGUAGGGCGCAAUGCAACUUAAUGGGUUAAUGCCCCAAAUUUUUACAUACAAGUUUUACAUUUGUAAUUUAGCCCCGUAGGUGGCUAUGAGGUACAGUAGUUUUAUUUGACAAGUUUUUAAAGUUCAGUAGUCAUCCUGGCUUUUGGACAAGAAAAACACCCCAUCUGUGGUAAUACAAUGAUAUGUACACUCGGUUACAAAAUACUCAAUUUUGUUCAUGAAUUAUCCAUACUACCCAUAUUUAUGAAAAUUACACUGUGAUUUAAUUAAAGGCACAUAUUUGCUUGGCUGCAGAGAUGUCCUGUCAAGGCAAAUGCUUGGCUGUUUAACAAUUUCCCUCCCCAAGAGAAACUUUGCAAGUACCGAUGCCAGGGUUCCCAAUACCUAUGUGGUGCCGAAGGUUCGCAAGUACCUCCCUGUGAGGAUUUUGAAAUUUAGACUGUGAAAAUCACUGGUCUCCUGUUUCAAUAGACCUUUCCCCUUUUGAGUGAAAUUUUGUAAAAAAAUUUCAUCACAGCUUGAAAGAGCAUCACAAAAUUAGUAAUAUUCGGAAGUUUCGUUGCGAAAUGUUGUAAAAUGCGGAUAAUAUAUAGCCUUGCGAAGUUUGCUGUUUUUCAGUCAUUUUGCAUUAUGAAUGGGAAAUUGAUAAUCAGUUUGAUCAUCUGAUUAUCAAUUUCCCGUUUGUAAUGCAAAAUGACUGAAAAACGGCAAACUUCGCAAGGCUAUGUUAUCCGCAUUUUACCACAUUUCACAACGAAACUUCGGAAUAUUACUAAUUUUGUGAUGCUCUUUCAAGCUGUGAUGAAAUUUUUGUCCAGGCAUAUCUAGAUCAAAAUUUCACUCAUAAGGGGAAGGUCUAUUAGGAACUCUGCAAUGGCUAGUCCCUGGGCAAAAAAGCUUACAAAUGCCCAGAGGAGGGAAGGUCAAUGCUAGAAUUGACGAGUUCCUCAUUAGAUAGUAAAACUAGUUUUAUAGUUUAUAACAUGAUUGGUAACCCAUGAAUGUCAAAAGAUUAUAAACGAAUGCUCAGUAGCCGAGGGGCUUAGACAUUUGCUGUCGAUGCACACAUCCCAGUGAAAUCCUUUCCAUGACUGAGUAAUAACAUGAUCUGAGGUUAGAAUGAGGGCCUGCAGCUGCUGGGUAGGGAUUGUGUGUAUUGUUUGUUUAUUGUCUGACACAAUGUGAAUGUUGAAUGUACAGUUUGGACCAAUAGCAGUUAAAUGUUGGGACCCAGUGUUGGAUGAAUAUAACCAUGGCAUUGUCAAAUAUAUACCCUCCUGUAAAUGGUGUGGAGUGGAAACCCCUAUUUGUCUUCAGUUGUCCAUGUAGAACAUUUAGGCAUAAGUGACGAGCUUACAUUUUUAUAAAAAUUGAUUGGGUGUGAUGUCAGAGAUGCUCAACUCUGACCUCCCAGAAUGUGGGAAAUUCAUUACUGUAAAUGUAUGUACAAGAAAAAAGGUGACACAUUUUAACACUCCCCUAAAUUUCUAGAAAUAAGAACCAAAACGAAAAUGUUUAGGUUUUAACAUGCAGACACUUCACAAGUAUGUAAACAAGGAUGAAAACUGGAGCCUUCUUUGAGCUAGAUCAGUGGUUUUAACAUAAUGGAUCCAGCAUGAUUUGGUAGGGAAAAUGCUAAACAGGCACGUAAGAAUAUGUCUGGUUUGUAGAUUUCAAGAUGCAAAAUGGAAAAUUCAGCUGAUCUCAUAGUUCCACUGGAUAGAGAACUUCAGAAGCUCAUUUAUUAUGCAAAGUCUAACUUCUUCCCCAAGGAGCAUUAUAAAAUAAAUAAAAGAGAAAUGUGCUUACAAAGCCAAUUUUUUCCGCAUUCAAAGUAUUUUAAUUGUAAAGCAGUUGAUAUCAAACAGAAAUUUUAGAGAUUACGCUGAAUAUUGUAAAUAAUCAUGCAGUAUAUUUUAAAUUUGUACCAAGUUUGCACAGUAAUUUCAUAGUAAUUUCAGUAAUUUCUUAACAUUGUCAAUUAAAGCCACUCAGAAUAGACAUAACAUUGUUUCAAAUAUGUGGAGCUAUAAUACUACAUGUAUACUUGCUACAUAACAGUAAAUGAUCACUAAAAGUCCCUCUUUAUAUUAACAGUUGAAAUAUAUUACAUGAAAACUAAUAUUCUAACCACUCAUAGUUCAUGUUGCUAAACAUGAAAUAUUUAUUAUUUAUAAGACAGCUUAGAAAUUAAACAAUUGUGCAUGCUAAUGUAUUACAUUAGCAAUGCUGGUCACAUCAAUAACUCUACCAUCAAUUUAUACAGUAAACAGUACUGUUUUGGAAGCUGCAGUAAGUGUGACAACAAGAGAUGAAUGUUUGAUGUUUAUAUGUCAUGCAACCAUUCACUUUCACACUAUGGCCAUGUUAUUCAUCAUUGUACAGGGCUCAAGAUUAGUGGUAUCCCGAUAUCCACGGGAUACCAGAUUUCAAUUUUGGAUACUAUAGAUAUCAUAGGCUUAGUAUCUCAACGGGAUACUAAAAAAAUCGAAAUAUUGGUGAAAAUGAUGUGCAAUUUUUGGGACAAGAUUUGCCUAUGAAUCACAUGUUUUAGACAGCAUGCCUGUCAUAAUUUCAAGAAGGACAGUACCUUUGAAGAAGUACAGUUGUACCACCCUAAACAAAUUUUGCAUGUGUUAUUAUUUUAUAAAAUCUCUAGAAUAUAUUAGAAACAACUGAACUGAAACUAUCCUUUUUACAAAAGCUGGGAUAUGUAAAAAGAGGAAAAUAAAAAUUAGUCACAACCACUUUACUAAUAACAGAUUUUUUUGCACAUUGUUUGGAAAAGUGAUGUGCAAUAUUCCCAAUUUUAGAAAAAACAAUGUGCAAAUUGCAUAUUGCACACUGUUAAUUCGAACCCUGCAUGGGUGACCCUAACAAAUGAUAAGAUGUUUUGUAGUACUUGUUUACACACCUGUCCAGCAGUUAUUUACCUUGUUUGGAUACCGCUUAUCGAAAUACCUACUACCCAAAUUUGGGAUACUAAAUUUCUAGCCUGCGAACAGGCUCUCAAGCUGAAUUGAGAGCCUGCAUCGAUGACUAAUGAAUUUGAAUAUCUGCCCCGUAACGUUCGUUUUUCCAAAUAUGGAAUGUCUAUCCUUAUAUGGUGUUGUUUACAACUUUCGUGCAAACUAAAUUUAGACCGUGCAAACUAAAUUUAGACCGUACAGUUUAUACUGUUUUUCGAAAUACAAGAUAUUCAAGCAAAAGUUCAAAUGUUUUAAAUACUGUUUUCUCAAAACAGAACAUUUCCUGCUUUGAGAAAGAUGGCCAAGACCAAUUUGAUCAUUUAAUGUGUUUUUUAUGCAUAGUGCUUCAGCAGUUGACAUAUAUAGAGCUCAGCGGAAACAUAUAAAUUAUAGCAUCUGACCAAUGAGAAUUUCGCGUCACGAUUUGAGACGCAGAUAUUCAAAUUCAUUAGUCAUCGAUGCAGGCUCUCAUUUCAGCUUGAGAGCCUGUUCGCAGGCUACUAAAUUUCAAAUAUAAGGGAUACUAGAUUUUAAGACCCUAGUAUCCACUUGGAUACUAGUAAAAAAUUCAAAUCUUGAGCCCUGUUGUAGUGCCGCAUAUAAACAUAUCCAAAGUCUGAAAUUGCCUAUACUGUAUUUUCAUAGCAUCUUGUUUUAUCUAUUAAAACAUUGAUAUUACUUGCUAAAGCUAGUGAUAGGCACUUAAUGGUUAAAAACAUGGACAGUGCUUGUGUGUGGUCAUAUACCAAUAAUCACUUUACCAAUGAGUCUCUUUAUCUUUUUUACAAAUGAGUCUUUAUCUUGUGCAGUUUGGAAUCAUUCACUCAAAAGCAUUUCAUCCUAUGUAUAUAUUAUGGUUGCAUGUCCAUAUAUGGCGUGUUCCACAUUAACAUUAUCUAGCUGUAUAAGCUUUGUGGUAGUAAAAAAAAUAUGCCCCAUUCAUCCACAAUAUUCAUUUUUGAGAAUCAUUUUGAGAAUCUGAGGUGUGUGUUUGCCCUCACAUGAUGUAUCUCUGCUCAACCAUUAGUGUACACAACUUGACUUGAUGGUUAAUUAAAAUCAUCUGGCAUUAGACAGAAACAGACCUGACAUAGCCGGGAGUCUCCCGGUAUAGACCUGUGAUCUCCCAGUAGUGAAAAAUUUCUCCCGGUAUUUGCAACUGGCAAUUAUCCUGAUUUCUUGUCGAUCUAAUUGAAUUUUAAUUGAAAAAUAUAUAUGCGCGGCUGCGUUUCAUUUCAUCCAUUUAUUGUAAAUGUAAUGACUUCAUUUUAGAUUCUAUAAUGUUCGGAAAGUCAAAAUUGUAUUUAUUUGUUAAAACAUCUUCAUGUUGUAUCUGAAAAUACAAUAUGAAGACGUGUUUUAUUAACAAAUAAAUAAAUUUUCAGUCCAAGAUUGAUAGUGCCCAAUUUUAACAUUAGUUAAAGGGCUUCUUGUGCUGCGAGUGUAGCUAAGAGUUUGAAUGAGCCACCAAUCUGACUGCUCUAAUGAAAAGGGCUUUAAUGGGGGUUUUUCCCCGCCAAAUUAAGUGUUUAAAUAAGACUUCUCCGGUCUCCCUUUUUAUCAGUUGCUAAGGUUGACAGGUCUGCAUGCAGAAAUCAGUAAGGUGCAGUACAUCUAUGUAUAUACAGUCUCAAUUUACACAUAUACCUCUAUGGUCGAGUCGACAUGCUGACGACACAUAGGACACUUUUUCCAUUUCUUACGAUCCAAACAGGGUUUACACAAACACAUGUGUUGACAUGGCAACAAAACUAUUGUUUUGAUUUGGUCUUGGCAAAUCCUACAUAAUCUCUCAUCCCUUUCUUGUUCCAAACUCAAGUUACUCAUCUUAAGUUUCUCUAACAAUAAUUUGGUGUGUUCUAAUUUUAACUGCAAUUUUUGUUGGUCCUCCAUACAUCUGGUAUAUACUUCAUGCUGGUCCUCCAUACGUCUGUUAUGUACUUCUUGCUGGUCUUCCAUGCAUGUACAUUCUUCUGAAAGUCUGUGAACCUUUCGUACAAGAAAGGCAAUUAUAAUAACAAAAGCAAUUCCUGGAAUUCCACCGGGAAAAUGAGCAACCAACAGUGUACUAAAAUGGAGUAUACUCCUAAGAAACCAACUGCCGAUGUACGUUGCAUAGCUAAGUACCAGAGUAAGUACUAAGUUAAGCACCUGCCAAAAUAUUUCUAAGAAUCUUAAUGCAUAGUUGAUAAACACUCCGGCCAUGUCGGAAAAUCUGAUAUGAACAUGAUUAGCUGAAUCCCUCACUUUAGAGAUAUAAUGAUAGUAGUAAUCAUGAAUGCCAGUAAGAACAUCGACAUCGUCGUUCAUCAUAAUCGUCACUACUAGAGACUGUAAUAACUGGAGUAGGGCUUGUAGCCCUGGGUACAAUAUAUUAGGAAUAAAAACACACACGAGGAACAUAAUGUCUCUCUGCCUCUGGUGCCUGUGGUCCCUGUGGUCUACCACAAUUGAAUUCGGGAUCACUAUCUUCGCAAUGAAGUCGAGAACGUUCAGCAAUGCGAAAACAAAGUUAAGGAUCACGCAGAGCGGUAGCAAAAGUGGACAAAGUACAUGGUGAAUAAGGUUUAAGUCCCGUCGAUUUCGAAGCCUACGGCAUCGUUGCUGAAACUCGCGAUUGCGUCGAACAAGUCGACCUGUAUUUGCCAUCUUUGUUACUUGAAGAGAAUUAUGCUAUACUAUACUGAAGACACAGCCACUUCCUGUUUGUAACGCGGAAUGUCGGAAAUAGGGUACUCGGAAUAGGAAAUCCCCAAAUACCAGAAAGAAACUACCGAAAUAAGAACCGAUUUAGAAAUCUAAAAAAGAGGCGACGCUUUAUUCGCAGUAUGUUAUUUUAAUAUUUCUUUAAGUUGUCAGCUGGAAAUGGAUUGAUAUAUAGUAGGUUUGAGCGGUUCACAGAUACCUGCUUCUUUGAUUUUGUCAACCCGUUUUCCACCCGUUUUGCUGACGCAGACACCAAACGAAAAUAGCAUAACCAAUGUAUUAAAGCGGACGGUAUUAAAAACAUCUGUUUGGUGUAGAUUAUAAAUACUAAUAUGAUAAAGGAAGACAAAAAUGUAUCGUUAGUUUGGUGAUAAAUAUUUUGUGUGCAAUUGAGAUAUAGUAUUAAUGAUAAAUUAUUAAUUCAAUAUAAGUCACCCAUGCGUGAACGUCACGCACUAAAUUUUCACAAAAUAUAUCGUGUUUUCUUUGACUCUGUUUUUGUUCUGUUACUGCAAAGGUCUUCAUUGUGCUACCUCGGUGAACACCGUCGUGAAUUUUCAUUAUAAUUUCUCUUAUAACCCAUCGACCAUUUUUGUUGUAUAUCCCCGUCUCCAAGACCAAGGGCAAGGACCAUUUGAGAGAAACCUGUUUCGAGAUUCGAUCAAAGAAUAUCUGUUUUAAAAUAUCCUAUAACAAACAGAAAUAAAAGAACAACGAGUUUCAGACAGUCGGAGUUUUGUGGUGUUCCAUGCAUGUGAUAUUUGGAGCGAAGGACUAUAUAUGUUACCAAUUUCAGAGGUUGCUGUGAGAGUAAUUGUCCUAGACGUAGACCUUUACUUGGUUGGCUUUGGCAGGUUUGGUAAACAAAUGUCAGGAAGGUGCCUUGUUCUCGCUUCACCCUUCCUUCUCCCCGCCCCCAAAUCACCUAGGUCCCAGUCUUCUCAUCUGAAAAGGCGCUGAAAAUUAAAAAAUAAAUUAGAAAUAGACAGCCUAAGUCUAGGUUGAAUAUAGGCCUUAUUUACCUAGUCAUAUGAUAGAUCCAUUCUAUAAACCCAUACUUACCUGAAAAUAUCCUUCUGUCUUGCUUAAAUUUUAGGGAGUCAGAAGGUGUACCCAGUACAGCAAUACGAGAAAUAUCAUUAUUGAAGGAAAUGAACCAUGCAAAUAUAGUGAGGUAAGGGACCGUUCAUUAUUUAUACCUGGGGUUGGUACCGAAGAGAAGUGAAACACAGUGUAAUUUUUUUCUGACUUACCCAACCUCAACAUUGGUCAAAAUAAUGUUUACCCAACCCAUGUGUUACUGUACUUCAUAAUAAUUAAACACACAAGAUUAUGGUCACCGUGACAAAAAUCAAGUUGCCUAAAUUCUAAAAACUCACUCACACUCAAACUCACUGAGUGUGCCAAAGCAAUCACGUUCCUGCUGAUCAAUCUUCCUCAAUCACUGAUGGUCUAUUUUGGUACUGAAUGUAUUGUACACAUUUUUCUUCAUAUGCCAUAAAUUUUUUUACCCAACCCAUGAGCUACUCAAAAACUUGAUUACCCAACCCAUAUCUCUUCGGUACCAACCCCGGGUAUAAAUAAUGAACGGUCCCUAAUGUUUUGUUUUUCAUAAAAUAGUCAAACAUACAUGUAUGGGCGCAAACGUAAGGUUGAAAUGUAAACAUAACUUUUUCACCGAGUCCUAUGAUUAUGAAGUAGGACAAGUGUUUGCUUUUGUCCCGUUCCAGCGAAUUCCUAUCUUCAUUACUUAAUACAUAUGCAUAUCUUGCUGCAUUUCAUUGUAUAUUUAACAGUUAUAAUACGAACUCGAGUCGAAUAUGAGCUGAUAGCCGAGUGAGUUUAAAAAUUCAUUUGCUAACCUGUAGACAAUUUGUGGGGAUUUUUGCAUUGUGUUUUUAAUCCUGAAAAGCUAUAAAAAGCGAAGAGCUUGCCAUUUUCUCGUUCGCAAAACAUCGGAAAUUCAGUUUGAGCCGCCAUUUUGUUUUUCUCUACUAGCAGGAUAUGAGCUAAUAUCAGAGAGCUAAUAUCGUGCUAGUAUUGUAUUUUUAUCCAACUAACCAAUAGCAAUGUUUUAGGAAAGUUACCUAUCCGUGACUUGAGGAAAUUGCUAUUGGUGAAUUUGGCAAAAAUACAAUACACACGUGACGGUGAAGGACCAUAUUUAUGAAUAACGUUGACUAACAUAGAUAAUGAGCUCGAGUUAUAUUGUUAUUCUAAUGAGUUUCACAGCCAUCUUCCCUUCGAUAGGCUAUGGUUUGAGUUUGAUUUCAGGAUCCAUUAUUGUCCCCCAGGCUACUAGUUGUAGUUCGCUUAGUGGCCCCUAGACCCCUACGCCUAUCUCGUAGUAAAAUAAUCUACAGGCAUGGAUGACCCGCUUCAAUCUCGGGAAUAUUGGCCAGUUGUGAACACCAGAUUCGAUAGAACACCAUCACUAUAUGAUAAAUAUUUUAUUUUAGAUUGCUGGAUGUGAUACACAGUGACAAGAAACUUUUCCUUGUUUUUGAAUAUUUGAAUCAAGAUCUUAAAAAAUACAUGGACACCGCACCACCUUCAGGAAUCUCCUUUCCUUUAGUGAAGGUACUCGCUCAACCUUGCAAGUCGUACAGUUUUUUUUGGAAGUCUGCCGAAAUGCUUGUGGGAAAAGGAAACAUUGUUUCCGCAACAGAAAUCACACUUGGGAAGCAAAAUAUAUUUCCGAAUUUGUUGGGAAGUAUUUUUGCUUCCGGAGGUCCAAAUUCUGCUUCUACUGCUCGUAUUUUGAUGAGAUAUUUUUACUGUUUUUAGAAUGUUUUCUUAACAGUGUUUCGCCGUAUAUCCGCUGCAUUUGUUCCUUAGCUUAAGGCCCGUUUAAGCUACGUUUACACCACAGAGUAGUGACAUACAGAGACGUAACUAUAGUGUACCCACCUUUUUUGUGCGCAUGCUCGGCAAGUUACUAGAUGCAUGCAUCUGAUUGGAUGACAACUCACUUUAAACUUGCUGAGCACGCGCAGUUGAUCAUUUUUUGCCCGGUCGCCUGAAAAAAAGUGGGUACAUGAAAACGUAAGCUUCCGCAGUGUUUACAACGGUCAGUCACGUCUCUGUAUGUCUCUACGCUGUGUUUACACGCUGCGAUUUGUCGUGUACGAUUCGUAUUUUGGCGUUGACAUUUACUGCUGACGCCUCAAUUCCUCUUCAUUCAGAUUAUGGCGAAAUUUGAAAUGCGACCACUUUACACGUGCUUAUUCGAUUACAUCAUAGAAUAUACGCUAGAAUACGAAUCGUACACGACACAUCGCAUCACACCGGACGCGAUUCGACAACGCGACGCGAUUUUUUAGUUUGUGAAAGUUAAUAAAACAGCCAAUGAGAGCAAAUUUUGAAAGAUAUGUAGAACAAAUAACUCAAAAUGUAAUAGCGCUUCUAAGUAUUUGGAAAAUUUAAACUAGGAUCAAAGUUAUCGGUCAGUGAAAAUCGAAAAAUCGCGUCGCGUUGUCGAAUCGCGUUCGGUGUGUAUGGACCUAACACUUGCUGCGAUUUCUGGUGCGAUUUUCUUCUGAUGAAUGUGAACCAGUGGAUGAGCUAUUAAUAUUCUGAGUAUAUGUACUCUCAUUCGAACAUUCAUAACUCAUCCACUGGUUCACAUUCAUCAGAAGAGGAAAAUCGCACGUGUAAACGGGCCUGUAGGGAUUCUGCCUCCUCCGCAGGCCCUCGUUGCGUCAUGGGAAGGUCACGAUCUGGCGAGGGCCUGCGGAAUCUUGUAAAAAAAAUGGCGCCGGCGUCACGUCAGCAAGUAAAUUUCUACAUAAUCCUGAAUAUAAACAAGAUAUAAAAAAGCGGCGUGAAGGAAGCAUUUUUUAACGAUAAGGUUUGUUGUUUGUUGCAAGAAUAAAACUGCCUUCUUUAACGAAGCAGGUUCAAAACAAUAUUUAUUCAUUUUACAAGAUUCCGCAGGCCCUCUCGAAAUCGUGACCUUCCCAUGACACAACGAGGGCCUGCGGAGGAGGCAGGUAGGGAUUAGCGAGCAGGGGACUGGAUUAAGAACUGUGUUUGUGUCAGUUGGUUGUAAUCUUCAAUUUGCCUCAUGAGCAUGGCGCUCGUGUAAGGAAGAAAAAAACUUUAAAAAUCUUAUGUUUUGUCAUAUGUAUGACUUUUUAAGUUUUUUUCUUCCUUACACGAGCGCCAUGCUCAUGAGGCAAAAUGCCGCCAGAAUUAGUUAUACCAAUUUUCUGGUGACGUCCGUGUCGACCAAAACUGUUAACCUUGAUAUAACUUACUUUUCAGAGUUACGUGUACCAAGUUUUAUGCGGUAUCGCGUACUGCCACUCGCACAGAGUUCUUCAUCGAGACCUCAAACCACAAAACUUACUUAUUAGUCAUGAUGGUGCCAUUAAACUGGCGGACUUUGGUUUAGCACGGGCAUUUGGUGUACCUGUAAGAACAUACACACAUGAAGUUGUAACGUUGUGGUACCGUGCACCAGAAAUUCUCUUGGGAUGUAGGUAUUAUUCCACUCCUGUUGAUAUUUGGAGCAUUGGAUGCAUUUUCUCUGAAUUGGUACGUUAUUAAUAGUUAUAUUAAGAAGUUGUUGAUGUAGUUUUAGAAUUGGUGGUCUGAGGGCCUUAAGUUUAUUUAAUAGUCUUGAUGAUGUGCAUUCAGUGCCGUAUUUCGUAUAAUGCACCUUGUAGCUAGUAUGGUCCCUUUGCAUGUAAACCAUGAAUAACUGGAUGGCAUGGGCAUGGAGGACAGUGAUAUCUUCAAAAUGAGAUUUUCAAUGGUCGAUCACUGAAUUCUGGGGUUUCAUUUGUCGUCACAUUCACUCAAGUGGGUUCAAAGGGUAAAGGGCGGCUUUUAUAUUAUUUAUCUUGUUUUAUAUUGUUCUUUUAUAAUAAUAGAACUUAUUUGCAUAAGAUGUGUUGACAGCCAUUUUGUUUCUUUGUUGUUUUAGUUGACCUCAGUUCAAUGGUUGACCCCCACUUGAGUAAAAUUAUGCUAAAACAUCACGUGAUUGAAAUCUAAAGAAUCGCGACUGACACUAUUGUUUUGCUGUGUAGUUCAAAUACUGUAAUGUACAGUUGAUUCCAUAUAAUUAGAAUUGUGUAGCAACACUACUUUCAAACUUCUGUUAUAGGUAACACGACGAGCAUUGUUUCCUGGGGAUUCAGAAAUUGACCAAUUGUUCAGAGUAUUCAGGUACAUAUGUAGGCCGGUGGUUCAUUUUUAACACUUUAUCAUGUGCUUCUCUGGUUAUAUAAAAAAAUCUUGAUGUGGAUCGUACUACUAAUGCAUGAGUCAAUUCCAUGAGUACCAGGAAUAUACCUGGACAUUAGCAUUUUUUGAGAGAAAGGGCAAAUUCCUGGCCGCGGGGAGACACCAAGAGGGACAAUGUACGGCCCCUGCACAAUCGUUAGAUGGCAAAUGUCCCACCUCUGGGAUUAAAAUUUUUUUUUUUUCAUCAUUAUCGUUUAAACAUCGCGUAAUGCAUAGCAAAAAAUGCAUGGGGGUAUAAACCGUCCAACUUAAACUGUAUUCUGGCAUUAAACUUUGUUCAGUAACAGUGUAUUAGCAAAUAUUAUUUGUUUUGUUAACAUUAACAAGCUUCAGCUAACAACUGACUGAUCUCAAAUUUUUUCGAGUUUUUUUCCCUAGUGUCAAAUGUUCUGGGAUCUUUUAGCCGUCAAACAAUGCCCGGCCCCGGUGCACUAAUCUGUGAGCAAAUUCACAGCCCCCCUGGAAUGACGUGCCCAGCAAAUGCCCGGCGGUGUCCCGGGGGGAUGGUUAAUAAGUUGUAUGCUCGAGUAUGGAGGACGACAAACGAAAUCUGCAUGAUUCAAGAGUUCUACGCUAAACCUUCUCAAAAAAUAGUUGAAAUGUUGCGUUGUACAAUUAAAACCUGCAUAAAAGAGAACCACUAUUUUUGUCGAGAUUUUUAUGUCAUGCUGAAGUGGUUCUUAUAUUGUAUUAUAGGUACUUAUAGUGGGAAAUUAGGCUGAAUUGGUUCUUAACUGGUCCUUACUUCUAGUCAAAACAACAACUGUUCCUGGUGUAUUAGGGGCAGACCAUUGGAAAAGUGAUGGGGGGGGGGGACUUUUUCAACUUGUACGAAUAUUUUUUUUAUUUUUUGCUUGUGUCGAUAGUUUUUGUAUCUGCGCAGCAGAUAUACUAUGCUAUCGAGUUUGCUUUAUCUGUUAGCUGUUAGCUUGCAGCCAAUCAGUGUCAAGUAUUUUAGCUUGUGACCGUCCCUAGCCAAUCAGCGCACUAUGCGGAAAUGACUAUUCAGUGUAGAACAUAUAGAUCAGUGAGAAAAUGUGACUCCAGUUUUGCGCAGAUACAUGUACGCGUAGCGUACCUAUUUUUUUUUAAAUAUAAUCCCUUGCACGAAUUUUUUCAAACGUUUUUGGUACACGAUUUUUUUUUCUUUCUGUUUCCCCUGCUCGAUUUUUAUUUUUGCUCUCCCCACAUCAUUUUUCUAAUGGUCCGCCCCUUAAGCUGUGUGACGGAAUUACGCUUAUUAUAAUUGCUAUAAAUUCUACAUGGUCAAAUUUCUUUUUGUUAAUAGUGGUACUCUUACCUUUUAGAACACUUGGUACCCCAGAUGAAGUCAACUGGCCGGGUGUAACUGAACUCACAAAUUACAAGUCGACAUUUCCGAAAUGGAAGACACAAGAUUUAAGUAAAGUAUUUCCAACACUUCCAUAUGACGCAAUUGAUCUACUUAAGGUAUGCUUGUUGUCACAUUUGACUUUGCAAAAUAACGCCAUAAAAAUUAAAACCACCAUUAAGCACCAGGUAAACUAUUCGAAAUGCGAGUCAUUCACGUAUGGCAGAUACGAUUAUAGCGCUGCCAUAAUUAAGCCUGCAUCGUAUUAGAGGUUGGAGAUAGUACUAAGGGGGGAUAGGGACAGUACUCUAAGGGUGGAUGAUCAUCGCGCAUAGAAAAAGUCGAGUUAAGGCUGCAUUCCAGUUACGCGUUUUUCAUACGUGCGUACACGCACGUAAAAGUCGAAUUCGCUUAAAAUUUCGUAUAAGUGCAAAUAACCUUAAUAAAUACACAUUAAAUCAUACACAAAACUGAAUGCUGUCCUUUUAUAAAUUUAGUUAUUUCAUAAGUAGGAUGUAAACGUAUACUAUGAAAAACACGUAACUGGAAUGCAGCCUUAAGAAUAUAUUUAUAGUUGGUUCUCGCCUGUAAAUCAAGAGUUUUUGUUCUGUUGCCUUCCCCUCUCACAUAAACUAACCUUUUCCACCUGUGCUCCGUGAUCGCAUAUGGGUCGUAAGGUGACCUAGUAAGCCUUCGACACUAUCAGACGCUUGAGACGCUUGAACUGCGGCAGGCUUUUUUUUAUAGCCAGGAUGUGAAAACGGUUCGACCAAAAAAUACCACCCAUUUUCGUGGACGUGGCAAAAAAUGGCGCUUGAAAGAAAUUGUCAUAUGCACACAAUUCGGUGUCUUUUCGACAAUUUAGCAUUCAGUUGCAGCAAUUAUAAAGGAUGAUUAACACCUCCUAACUUUGUUUCUUUUUUGCUUUAUUGUAAUGCAUAUAUAAUUGGAAUUUGCAUAUAUAAUUCACUUGAUGAUGAGACGCAAACCAAAGCGCCUGGGUACGAGGCAGUAUGCGUCCGUAAGUUGGAACGAUAGUAACCAGGCAUGUGAGUUGCCCAAAGUUGUUGAUUAAGUUAUUUUUUUAUGUAUCGUUUAUAAGUUAUUAUAAAUUAAAUUUUAGAAAAUGUUAACAUAUGAGCCGAGUUCAAGAAUAUCCGCUAAAAUGGCAAUGGCACAUCCACUUUUCAACGAUGUUGUUAUCCACAGCCCGUCGUAA